AUGGAGUUUUCCUGGGGAAGCAGCCAGGAAUCCCGGCGUCUGCUGCUCUCACUUCUGUUCCUGGCAGCCUGGAGAGCAGGGAGCGGCCAGGUUCACUACUCAGUCCUGGAGGAGGCCAAACACGGCACCUUCGUGGGCCACAUCGCCCAGGAUUUGGGGCUGGAGCUGGCGGAGCUCGUGCCGCGCCUGUUCCGGGUGGCGUCCAAAGGCCACGGGGACCUUCUAGAGGUAAAUCUGCAGAAUGGCAUUUUGUUUGUGAAUUCUCGGAUCGACCGGGAGGAGCUGUGCGGGCGGAGCGCGGAGUGCAACAUCCACCUGGAGGUGAUCGUGGACAGGCCGCUGCAGGUUUUCCAUGUGGAGGUAGAGGUGAAGGACAUUAAUGACAAUCCUCCUAUGUUCCCUGGAACACGGAAGAAUCUAUUUUUGGCAGAAUCCAGGCCUAUUGACUCUCGGGUUCCACUAGAGGGCGCAUCAGAUGCAGAUAUCCGGGCCAACGCUAUGCUGACCUACACACUGAGCCCCAAUGAGUAUUUCUCGCUGGAAAAACCGUCCGAUCCUGAGCGGGUGAAACGUCUUGGGCUACUGUUAAGGAAAUCUUUAGACAGGGAAGAAGCUCCGGAGAUCUUUUUAGUGCUCACUGCCACUGAUGGCGGCAAACCUGAGCUAACUGGCACCGUUCAGUUACUCAUCAAAGUGCUGGACGCCAAUGACAACGCCCCAGCUUUCGAUAGAACACUCUAUGCUGUGAAAUUACCAGAAAAUGUUCCUAAUGGAACGUCGGUAAUGAAACUUAACGCCUCAGAUUUAGAUGAAGGCUCGAAUGCGGACAUUAUUUAUUCAUUCUCAACUGAUAUUUUACCCAAUGUGGAAUCCAAGUUUCACAUAGAUCCACUUACUGGAGAAAUUAUGGUAAAGGGAUAUAUCGAUUUUGAAGAAAGCAAAUCCUAUGAAAUUCUUGUAGAGGGUAUUGAUAAAGGACAACCCCCACUCUCUGGCCAUUGUACAGUUAUGGUGGAAGUUGAGGACACCAAUGAUAAUGUCCCAGUAAUGGAAUUCAAGUCCUUGUCGCUCCCAAUCAGAGAAGACGCUCCAUUAGGCACGGUCAUCGCCCUCAUCAGCGUUCUGUCCGACCGCGACUCCGGUCUCAAUGGGCAGGUGACCUGCACCCUGUCACCCCACGUUCCCUUCAAGCUGGUGUCCACCUUCAAGAAUUACUAUUCGCUGGUGCUGGACAGCGCCCUGGACCGAGAGAGCGUGUCAGACUAUGCUCUGGUAGUGACCGCACGCGACGCAGGCUCGCCUUCGCUCUCCGCCACGGCCAGCGUGUCCGUGGAAGUGGCGGACGUGAACGACAACGCGCCGGCAUUCGCGCAGCCCGAGUACACGGUGUUCGUGAAGGAGAACAACCCGCCCGGCUGCCACAUCUUCACGGCGUCUGCGCGGGACGCCGACGCGCAGGAGAACGCGCUGGUGUCCUACUCGCUGGUGGAGCGGCGCGUGGGCGAGCGUGCGCUGUCGAGCUACGUGUCAGUGCACGCGGAGAGCGGCAAGGUGUACGCGCUGCAGCCGCUGGACCACGAGGAGCUGGAGCUGCUGCAGUUCCAAGUGAGCGCGCGCGACGCGGGCGUGCCUCCUCUGGGCAGCAACGUGACGCUGCAGGUGUUCGUGCUGGACGAGAACGACAACGCGCCCGCGCUGCUGCCGCGGCCCGGGGCGGGCGGCGGCGGCGGCGCUGGGAAGCCCACGCUGGUGUGCUCCAGCGCGGUGGGGAGCUGGUCGUACUCGCAGCAGAGGCGGCAGAGGGUGUGCUCCGGGGAGGGCCCUCCCAAGACCGACCUCAUGGCCUUCAGCCCCAGCCUACCUCAGGGUCCCAGCUCUGCAGGCACUAUCACAAAUUUUCUGAACUGGUUGAUAGCAGUAAUUAAAUUAUUGCGAGAGAAGUUGUGUUGCUAUGAAUUAUCUGAUCCCUUAUCCUACUCUAAAUUAAUAAAAGAAAUUAGACGAGAUGAAACUGGCUCUGCAAAUUACGAACAUAAGGAGAUUUACUAUUAA